AUGAAGUUCUUAAUCACUUCCUUGGCUUUGUUCGCUACCUGUGUCGUCGUUGCUCCUCAAGGAUAUGAUCUAGCAGCGCCCUCCGGAAGAGGAUUUUCCCAUGGCGUUCAAGGUGGAGGAGGUUCCUUCAGUGGCGGAGGCAGAGGAUUCUCUGGAGGAAGUGGAAUCUCCGGCGGUGGAGGUGGAUUUUCCGCCAAUGGAGGAAGUGGAAUCUCCGGCGGUGGUGGUGGAUUUUCCGCCAAUGGAGGAAGUGGAAUCUCCGGCGGUGGAGGCGGAUUUUCCGCCAAUGGAGGAAGUGCAUUCUCCGCCGGUGGAGGGUCUUCAUCUGGACAAGGUUAUGGGGGCGGAGGUUCCGGGGGAGCCUGCAGAGAAGGAGAGAUCCUACACGUAGACGGAUCGUGCGUCGUUCCCAUCGUUACAAGAAAUGUGUUCGUUUACGAUGCUCCCGAACAGCCUCAAGGGGAAAGUGGACCUCCACCAAGUAUUCCACCGCCGAGGGUGGAUCACAAUAUCCUGUUCGUACGCAUUCCUGAAGAAGGCCCAGGACCCGAACCCAUCAUUGUUCCACCACCAAAACAGGAAAACAUUGUCUACGUUCUAAACAAGAGUGGAGGUGACGGAGGCCAGCGCGUGAUCGAGGUGACAGUUGCACCUCCUUCAAAUCCUGAGGUAUAUUUCGUCAACUACGAAGAGGGAGAAAAUCCCACUCUUCCUAUUGGAGUGGAUCUUCAGACUGCUCUCCAGGCAGCUGCUGAAGCCGGCGGUCAGGUUAUCGGAGGCUCUGGAGGUGUUGGGGGAGGAAUCGGCGGUGGCGCUGGAGGAUUUGGAGGCGUUCCGGUGGAUUUGGAGGCGGUUCCGGUGGGCGGAGGAUUUGGAGGCGGUUCCGGUGGCGCCGGAGGAUUUGGAGGCGGUUCCGGAGGUGCUGGAGGAUUUGGAGGCGGUUCCGGUGGCGCCGGAGGAUUUGGAGGUGGAUUUGGUGGCAGCGGAAGUGGAGGUGCUGGUGGUCAUGGAAUUGGCGCUGGUGCUUUUGGCGGUAAUGGGGGUAGCGGAAGGGGCUCAGGCAGUGGUCUUUAUGGUCCUCCAUCUUAG